UCAGGUAUGAACAGGCAACUAACCAGACACACCUUUCACUAUUGAGGAAGUGAUACAUAUGAACAGCAUUCAACAAUUCAGGAAGAAUCUAAACAUUUCGCUUACCAUUUGUUCUUUAAUGGAUUUGCCAUUUUGGAGUUUGUUCAAUGACACAAAUGACGUUCAAAUGAUAUAAUAGGGCCUGCUUGUUGUGUGUGAGACACCUGAUUCUUGUUUAAGGCCCGUGUGCAGAGGGAAUACGUUUCUACGACAUAGACUAUAUGUUUAUUACCAUAACAGCAAUAGGAAUUUAAUUGUAUUUGGGUUACAAACUGGAUAACGCAAACACUGCAGCGGUCUUUGAUAUACCAGUCGUUGAACUGUGGUCAUAACAGGAAACAUCUGUUUGGAAAAGUCGUACUGGAAAGAAAACGUAUAGCAGUUGUGUGUAUCAAAAGUAUAUGUGUGUUGGUAAGUCGCACUGGAAAGAAAACGUAUAUAGCAGGCAGGUGUAUCAAAAGCAUAUGUGACAGUGUUGGAAAGUCGUACUGGAAACAAAAGAUAUAGCAGACGGGUGGAUAGAAAAAACCCGUAUAGGCCUAUGUGAUAUAUUGUGGGACGAAACGGCAGGAGAUUUUCAGAAGAUGAAUUCUUCACCGUCACGACAGUCAAGCUGUUUGGAUGUGGACACAAGAUCACAUACUUAUCACAGAAGCUUCUCUGAAGUUCCGUUAACGGCGAACGCCCGACGACAUGCCGUACUUGAAAACGGAAAGCAGUACCAUGCGUACUUUUGUGACGCCAGCCACGACAUCGAUUGGGUGAAUCAGACGAUGGAUAUGUUAGAGUCGUCCAAGCAUAAUCUCGUCUGCGGACAAUACGAACGAGAUUUCACCCCUGGAGAGUAUGUUUUGGAUCUCAUUACGGCUUUUUGUUUCACCUCCAAUAGAGUCGUCUUCGUUCUUUCUCCAGAGUUUAUGCAGAACAACUGGGCAAUGUAUCAGAUGCGCCUUGCGGUCAACUAUAGUGUCGAUCACGAUGAAAAUAUAAUACUGCCCAUAAUCGUCAAAGAAUGUGAUAUUCCAAAAAUGUUACUCCCAUUUCCAUGCAUCGACGCAAGAGAAGACAACUGGUGGAAUGAAUUUGUCGAUAAAUUAAAGAGGCCAGUUUCAAAGAUUCCAAAGAUUGACAUCUGUUCAAAAUCGGAUCAUUUGAACAUCAGCGGUCUGUGUCCUACAAAUAAAUCGUCUGCAUCAGCGCCAUCUGGUACCUAUAGAUCAAGUGUCCCACCUAAAAUCCCGAAAGAGUUGAGGACUAAAAUCAAGAUCUGGCAUCGUAAUCGACUUUCGGCUUCUUUCUGCCCUGUAGGUGCGCCACAGGAGCCAGUGAAUAAAGAUUCUGAGGACCACUCCACAAACACUGACAAUGCUGAAGAUGUUCAGUCCGAGUCAUCACAAGAAACAUGGUCUACACUAACGACUAGUCUAAAUGUGCAGCAGGAGCUAGUGAACAGAGAAUCUGAGGACUCGUCUCCAGACAAUAACGACGCUGGAGCCGUCGAAGUGAAAUCGGUACAGAUAACAUCGUAUAAAACCAGCUCGUCCAGUCCAGAGGCUAAUCUCGGCUUUUCGCAACAGCUGCGAUGUCAGGGUAAAGAAGUAUUCGAAGCCCUGCAAACGAGACUCACGACCUCGGCCAAUGACUUAGCUGUUAACGAAGGAGAUGUUUUAGAAAUAACAUCCAGACCAAACUGUUCCCCCGAGGAAAACGUCACUUGCAAGAACUGUUUGGGACAAACUGGAAAAGUGCCCUCUAAACUUCUUGGGCCAAGUUUGUUUCCGUUACCCUCUCAGUUUGUCAAAAUAAUUCAACAGCCUAUAACGAAGGCAGAGAACAAUCUAUUUAGAGCAGAACUAAAAAGAUUUGGAUCUCCACAGUUCAUUGUGAAGGAGACUGAUUUGAAAGCUGAGACCGACUCGAUGAAUUUGUCAGUAAAGAAAGGAGACGUGUUACAGCUUUUAAACCCAACCCAGUUUUCCGAAGGACGUUCUAAAGCGCGGAAUUGUCGUAACUACACGGGCUAUAUCCGUUGCGACAAAAUUAUCCGCAUCCAUAACGAGUCCGGAUUUGAAUCGGAUUUAAAAUAACUUCACUUAUUAUCGUCACAGUGCUACAAUUUCAACUUUGUAACCAAACAAUUUAUAUAUUUAUUUGUGCAUGUACAUUACGAAUUGGUUAAUUGGUAACCUGACGUCAGCUGUCUAAUAAAUUAUAUGGUCUCUAUUUAGUUGGCGACUUGCCAAUCAGACCAGGUAGUAUUAAGUUUGUUACAAGUUGAAUUAAACUGUUGGAAUACAAAUAAAAUAUAACGACGCCGAUAUCAGACUUUUCCCCGACACCGAGAGUAUCAUACCACAGCCCUUACUUCGACGAGAGGGCGAGACGUAGCUCUGGUAAAGCGCUCACUUGGUGCGCGGUCGGUCUAGGAUCGAUCCCCAUCGGUGGACCCAUUGGGCUAUUUCUCGUUCUAGCCAGUGCACCACGACUAGUGUA